GGCGGGGAGGCGCUUCCCCUCUGCACCGGGCGCCCUUGGCGAGCGGAGGCGAGAUGGAGGUUGGUAUUUACAAACAGGAGAUGCUCCAGAAGAAGAAUGCUGUCUUAGUGGAUGGGGUUGUCCUAAAUGGUCCAAUAAUAGACUCUGAAGCAGGACAGAAGUUUGUGGAAGAGGCCUGUAAGAUUAUAAUGGAAGAAGUAAUCCAGAAAGCUAAUGAUGUAACAGAGAAGGUUUGUGAAUGGCGGGCCCCUGAAACACUGAAAAUGAUUCUUGAUUUGGAAAUGAGGGACACCGGAGAAUCUCAUCAGAAGCUCUUGCAACUCUGCCAAGAUGUUAUCCAAUACAGCGUCAAAACCAGUCAUCCAAGAUUUUUCAAUCAGCUAUAUGCUGGAAUAGAUUAUUACUCGUUAGUGGCUCGUUUCAUUACAGAAGCACUGAACCCAAGUGUAUAUACAUAUGAAGUAUCUCCUGUAUUUCUGUUAGUGGAAGAAGUGGUCAUCAAGAAAAUGAUUGAGUUCAUAGGCUGGGAAGAAGGUGAUGGCAUAUUUAAUCCAGGUGGCUCUGUUUCUAAUAUGUAUGCUAUGAACUUAGCUAGGUAUAAAUUUUGUCCUGAAAUAAAGGAAAAAGGGCUUUCAGGCUUGCCAAGACUGGUCCUGUUCACUUCAGAAGAGUGUCAUUACUCCAUGAAGAAGGCAGCCUCUUUCCUGGGUAUUGGUACAGAAAAUGUUUACUUCAUCAAAACGGAUGAAAGAGGUAAGAUGAUACCUGAGGAACUGGAGAAACAAGUUCAACGGGCCAGGAAAGAGGGGUCAGCACCAUUUCUUGUCUGUGCUACAGCAGGCACAACAGUGCUGGGAGCAUUUGAUCCUCUGGAUAAAAUAGCCAAUAUCUGUGAGAAGCAUGGCCUCUGGCUUCAUGUUGAUGCAUCUUGGGGUGGCUCAGCUUUGAUAUCGAAGAAGCAUUGCAAGCUGCUUCAUGGCAUCCACAGGGCUGAUUCUGUUGCCUGGAAUCCCCAUAAAAUGCUGAUGGCAGGAAUCCAGUGCUGUGCUCUUCUGGUGAAAGACAACUCUGGCCUCCUGAAGAAGUGUUACUCUGCCAAGGCAGCAUACCUGUUCCAGCAGGACAAGUUCUACGAUGUCAACUAUGACACAGGUGACAAGUCGAUUCAGUGCAGCAGACGCCCAGAUGCAUUCAAAUUCUGGCUGAUGUGGAAGGCACUGGGAACCACAGGCCUCGAGGAAAGAGUAAACAGGGCACUGGCCUUAGCUAGAUAUCUUGUAGAGGAAAUUAAGAAAAGAGAGGGAUUUCAGCUUCUAUUGGAGCCAGAGUAUGCAAACGUUUGCUUUUGGUACAUUCCACCAAGCUUAAGAAAAAUGGAGGAAGGACCUGAAUUUUGGCAGAAGCUGCACCAGGUUGCUCCUAUAAUUAAAGAGAGGAUGAUGAAGAAGGGCAGCAUGAUGCUUGGAUACCAGCCUCACCGCGGCAAAGUCAACUUCUUCCGUCAGGUGGUCAUCAGCCCACAAGUGAGCCGAGAGGACAUGGACUUCUUGCUGGAUGAAAUGGAACAGCUUGCCAAGGAUUUGUAACACUCUUUCCACAGCACCAGGUGCUGCGCUCGUGUGUGAUAUUUACGGAGAGAGAGUGGCAGCAGCAUUCUGGUGCUAUCUUGUGAAAGGUAGUAAAGAGCUUGACAUAUAGCUUGGAAAUUGCCAUUUUACGUAGUGAUGUUAAAGGUCUUUCAGGUAGACUACCCCUCCACAGGAAGUAUUUGCUGACGGGGGCUGAAGAUGGCCGGGGCAGGCCAGUGCUGGCAGCACCACUGCCAUUCUGGGAAGUGUUUCCUGGACAAGGGAGCACUUCUGAAAAUGGUAUCUAUGUCCCAGGGAGGGCAGCUUAUUACAGGGUGCCUGUGCACACCGUAGUUCCAACUGGUGACUUACAUAUGCAGGCAGUACUCCUCUAAAGUUACUGUUAGGAGUGAAUUUAGCUCAGGGAGCUUUAAAAUGCUAGCUAAUACUCUGACUAUUCUCUUGAUAGUUUAGUUUGGUACGUGUUUAAGGAUAGAGGCCUGGCUGAUAAUCACGCUGAUAAGACUGGAAAUUGUGGACACCCAUGAAGAUUUCCUCAAGGCCUCUAAGUAGGACAAUUGCCCAAAUGUUUCACCAUGAAGACGGUCAGGCAGUGGAACAGGCGCCUGGAGGGGUUGUGCAGCCUCUGUCCUCAGAGAUUUGCAGGACCUGGCCGGACAAAGGCCUGAGCAACUAAUGCUGACCCUGCUUUGAGCAGGCUGAGCUAGUUGACCUCCUAAGGUCCCUUCCAGCCUGAAGACAUGAUUGGACUCAGUCAGUGUUUGCAAAGGUUUCCCACCCAAAAUUUCACUGUAGCUUUAGUAGAGCUAAGAAUGUUGGAAUAGUAUCUCAUAUUUCUUAACUCUUUGUUAACAGGAAAUACCUAUCAUUUCUGAACUACUGUUCACCUUCCUCUAUUUUUAAAUUUAUUUAGCAGCUUUUGAUGCACUUUAAAAUUAUAACAGAGAAACAAUAAAAUAUAUUUAUCUGAAAGAUAAGUAUUUUUAUGCAUCAUGACUAUUUAUAAAAAAUACAGCAAAAUGAUAUAUUUGUCAGGGUCUGUUUGAUUUUUCCUACAGAUCUAAAAUGGCUAAAUCUCAUGUAAUAAAUGUAUAAUUUAUAUUCUGGUACUGAGAUUAAGAUGGUGGUGAUUAAUGAAAGUCUGCCUGUGAUUUUAGGAUGUGAAAUGUCAGAGAAUUUUUGGUCAAUCUUAAUUUGAAAAAUUAAGUUCAAACUUUGUAUUUAUGUGUUAAGAAUUACAGUAUGUGUUAAGAAUUACAGUAUACUUUUGAUUUAUUUUUCAUUCUAGCUAUAAAAUGAUCCAUUUUAUAAAGAUAGAAAUCAUAAAUGUAUUUUUGGAGUGAAGUUCUUGAAGCAAAUUUAUGGAAAUAAUCUUGUCUUUCAACUUGUAAAUCAGCACGCACUUACUUUGAUGUUUUAGUGUUUGUACCCUACUCUGUAUUUGAAGUAGCACCGACCAAUAUGAACUUUUCUACUGUAAUGUUUUCUGUAUUGCUAAAGGCUGUCUUUAAACACAAUGCUUUUUUGUUUUCAUUUCCUACAUUGUACCAGGAUCCAACAUUGCAUGACAUUCCCACUUUCAGUCUCCAGGAUGAUGGUAUGGAAAGUUUAACAAGGUCAUAGUCACUCUCAGAGCAGUAGAUAGGAGCAAUAGUUACUUCAUAGCACUUGACGAAUGGCUUUAACAAUGUACUGGAAAUGAAUAUUCUUGUGCUAUUAUAGUGAGCCACUGGAUUUUAAGCCAAACACCACAUUGAUAUUAGUGGAGAGUUCUACAUAAAAAUGAAUGGCACAAUAUAGCUGCUGGAUUCUGCCCUGUAAUACUCGCAGGAUUAUGUCAUCAUUUAUUACCUCGUGCUUCUGGCUACGUGAGAGGAAGCACUUAUGGCUUGCGGCCGUAAAGCUUAUUUAGCCUCCCAGCCACUCUGGAUGGAGUGCAGAGAAUGUAAGGGGUGCUGAAUGGAGGGGAUGAUUUUGCUGUUGCCUUCUGAGAUGCACGUAGACUGUUAACACUUCUUCUCUUUUUCAACCUUGAAGGGAAAGAUGGAAUACAGCACCAGGAUUCUUUGAUUAUGGUCCAGAUUCUUGGUGAAUUCUUGAUUCAGUGGAAGAUAAGCCACCUUCCAUCAGCUAAGAAUUUGUCCUGUGGUGUUUCAUGACACCACUACUAGCAAAAAGUGUUACCGUCUUGUUUCUGCUCAUGUUAGUGCUUUCCUCUGUUUCCAGAUACUGUGACACUCAGGGUACUUAUCGGACUGAAGCAGCACAGUUCCUUUCUGUGGUUGUAGUGUCUAUAGUAUUUUUAAAUGAGAGCGAAAUGGAACAUUUUCGGUGUUUGCAGAAAACAGAUUUCAGAUCAACAUGUGCACUGUUUUCUUCAAAGGUAAAGGUUAACCUUCCAGCAUGAUGUGAGUAGCUUAUCUGAUCUCCAUAUAUUUUCUAUUGUUUCUGACUCCUUAUCAUGUCCAAAGCAUGCAGUGUGGUGGUCUUAUUUCAGGACUGUACAGUCACUUCCUUAUAGUUACUUAUUUAGGACUGGUAUGUACAAAAUGUCUAUUUUGUACCUGGUGAUUUUAAUAAAAAGUGAAGUAAAUGACACUCCUAUAAAUAAAGACUGUGUUUGUCAUUUGUCAAUCUAAAACUGCAGAGAUAUAUAUAAAGAAGGUACAAAUGAGCUCUCCAGAUGGAGGAACAGCAAGCUGUCUGCACAGCUUUAAAAUGUGAAACCUAGUUUAACCGUACUUCAGGAUGUGGUUUAUCUGUGUGCUGUGCCCAUAUCAUUUUUAAUAAACAUCUUGGAUGAAAA